ACUGUAAAAUUGACUGUCGAAAACAGUCAUUCGAAAAAAAACAACAAAGCCAAGAAGUACCGUUUUUAGCAAGCGCGAGUGUUUGAAUGUGUGUGUGUUUGCCUAAAAUUAGAAAAUUUAAGUUUUUUAAGGACUAAGUGCAAAAAUCAAUGCUUUUUGAAAGUACAAAGCUUUGCUAAAGCGGAAUAUAGAACAAAGAAGAAAAGAGGCUACGAUGCACAGCUGAUGGAAAAGAGUCCCAAGCACUUUUAGCCUGGUGUGUGUGGGAAAAAUCGAUCCGCAAACGGGAAAAACCGAGGAGAAAAUGUCAGCCUAAGAAAAACAGAGUUCAAAUUGUGAUAAAAACGCAGUACAAAUUAGUUAACAACUAGCUUAAAUGGCAAACGAAAAGGUUUUAUAGCGAACUAUCUGCCGCAAAAACCAAAAUAAGCCCGAAAAAGCUGCCAAUAUAUUCACUUAUUUUCGAGUGUAACAAAGCCAAAAUUUUUAACUAACAAUUCAUCUUAACAUUCCUGCGCAACACAAAAACAACAAAAUGGCUGUAAAAACGUACUAGGCCAGCCCUCACAAUGUCUGUCCCUGUACGCUACUCCUCUGCUGCCGCCGAAUACGCCGCCGAAGUUGAUUGUGAGUUGGAGAGCACUCUGCAACAGCAGCAACAGUUACACCUGCAACAGUUAUACGAGUACGAGCAAUACCAGCACUACCAGUACCAACGGGAGCAGGAUAUCGCCUACUAUUGCCAGUUGCAGGCGGCGCGGCAGCAGGAGCAGUUGAUGCAGCAGAGGACAUCGAUGUCGUCGUCGGUUAUGCCAGGCCUAGCUUUGCCCCAGGACCACCCAGCCACCAUCAUCGCACCCCACAACAACAACGGACUCACCAUGGACGCCCACAGCAUCAAUGCCAUUCUGGUCGACGACGAGCAGCCCUCGACUUCGGCCCAGGCUGCCGCCGCUGCUGCUGCAUCCGCAGGUGGAUCUGGUGAAGCGGGUGGAUCGGGUGGUGCCACUGGUGGGGGCAAGCUGGCCAACGGCAUUAACCGCAGUGCAGAGAUGCCAACUGAUUGGAUGAGGCUUGCGGACGAGGGCCGGUAUGGGACACCGGGUGCUGCUGGUUUGGAAUAUCAGAAGUACGAACAUCAACAACAACUGGAGGAUCUGGAGCGCGAGGCAGGAGGUGCCGUCGGAGGAGCCAACAACAACGGCGAGCCGUCUUCGUCCUCGAAGAAGCUUGAGGAUCAGCUGCACGCCCUCACCUCGGAUGAACUGUACGAGACCCUCAAGGAGUACGACGUUCUGCAGGACAAGUUCCACACAGUGCUGCUGCUGCCCAAGGAGUCGAGGCGUGAGGUGACUGCCGGAGGACGAGACGGGUCCGCCUACGUACUGCGCUGCCUAAAGAUGUGGUAUGAGCUGCCCUCCGAUGUCCUGUUCUCGGCCAUGAGCCUGGUGGACCGCUUCCUGGACCGCAUGGCUGUCAAGCCGAAGCACAUGGCUUGUAUGAGCGUGGCCUCGUUCCACUUGGCCAUUAAGCAACUGGACUUGAAGCCCAUCCCGGCCGAGGAUCUGGUUACAAUAUCUCAGUGUGGUUGUACCGCUGGCGAUCUGGAACGCAUGGCCGGCGUGAUUGCCAACAAGCUGGGCGUCCAGAUGGGACAUGCACCGAUCACUUCCGUGAGCUACCUGCGCAUCUACUACGCCCUCUUCCGCAAUUUGGCGAAGGAGAUCGGCGGCGACUUCUUCAAGUUCUACCAGCAGCUGAUUAAGCUUGAGGAGCUGGAGAACCGCCUGGAGAUCCUGAUGUGCGACGUGAAGACCACGGUGAUCACGCCCUCGACGCUGGCGCUGGUGCUCAUCUGCCUACACCUGGACUUCCACAUCAAGGAGUCUUACACCCGCGGCAGUCCGGAGCUGAAGCACGUCUUCGAGUACAUUCUCUUCCUACAGCAGUACAUGAGGAUUCCCGAUCGUGUUUUCACCUGUGGCUUCAGCAUCGUGUCGGGCAUUCUGUCCCACUACAACGGACAGAACAAGGCGCCCUACAAGCAGCGGCUUGUCUGGAAGCUGUCCAGUCGCACGCUGCGCGUCCUGCGCCCGAUCAACCGCUUCUCCUCCGACCUGCCCACCAUUGAGGAAGGCAUCUCCAAUGCACUUGACGAUGGCCUGCGUUCGAGAACCGAGAGUAUUAGCUCCGAGGAAGAGGAGGACUGGCCAACUUCACCCAUAAUUCCAAUUUUCGAACAAUGUUAGUAUCCAGCGGCCAGCAGAAGACCAGAGACAACAGCUGGAGAACUGGAGCAGCGGAUAAAGGAACCAUCAACCAGACGGCCACGCGACACACAUCCACUGCCUUUGGGGGCCCCCAAUCUUUCAGAAGAUCAGGCACUAGACAUAUCCCCAUCAGAAGCAGAGAAAGAGGAACAGCAGCCGGAGCAGAAGGAUGAGGUCUUCGAAGAGGAUGUGUGUCCGUGAGAUCGUUCCGCGUGCAAAUGUAGUAGUGCUGGUUGAGGUAGAGUGUGUAUAUUUUGCUAAAGUGCAUCAUAAUUCUUUUGGCAUAUACACAAAUGUGUAUUUGAUAGCGCUGGUUCUAACAUUUAAGAAACUAUUGAGAUACGGAAAUAUGGGCGGAAAGACGGCACGAAUCCGCGCCCUACCCCUUUGAGAAAGUUGCCCAAGAGUAGCGCUCCCCCACAAUUUUUUCAAUUUAUUUGCGGCAGACAAAAAAAUACGUGAAAAAAAAACAAAAGCAAAAAAAAAUUAUUAAAAAAAUUAAAAAGAAUGCUGCGGACCAUCAUACAAAAGAUUGAUGCCGUUCCGGAUCAUUAUUCGAGAUCAGUGAGAGAGAGAAUACGAUUUGAGAAUUGCGAGCCCACGCCGAAAUCCCGAACAUCUGGAAUGGGACAGCAGUUUUUUGUUGGUUGCGCUUGAAACCUUAAAAAAAAAUUCAAAAAAUCAGAAAGCAAAAAAGAAAAUCUUUUUCAACAGACCCCCUAAGUUAGACGUAAACACUAUGUUCUCUAUGUUUGUCCCACUCUUAUCAGUUAAUGUAAAAGCCCCGAAUCAAUGGACCCAAAAAAACAACCACAAAAAAUCAUAAAAUCUAAAAAAAAGUACAAAAGUUCUUUAUGUAUAGACCGACUUAAAAGAUAAGUUUAACAAAAAAAAUCAACAAAAACAAGGUCAGAUCAGAUUAAUCAGUAAUUUUAGCCGCGCUCAAAAAAAAAUAUAAAACAAACACUAUAGAAAAACUAAAGUAUAAUUCGCCGCCUGUAUUGACUAAGAACUCUUAACAAUAAUAAUAACAUUAAACAAAGAUACGAUGAAUCCACAAUAUGUAGUGUGUGUCUAGUAGAUUUUUCUCUGUAUAACAAAAACGAACUCAAUUUCCGCCCUAAAAAUCAAACAAAAGCACGACAAAUGCAAUCUUUCAUUAUCUUACGCAGCUAAGUAAAUUUGUUAUUAUUACACAAUUGUUUAUCACUUGAACAAUCAAACAAUCAAUCAACUUCAAGGCGUUGAGAUUUAGUUCGAGCACCACGGUGAUCCCCUUUUUAUAUUAUACCUUUACAUAUAUUACACGAUCUAAUUCUUCUUUUUUGUUACGUAAUAUUAUUUAACUUAUUAAACAAAUUGUAAAACGAAAUCCAUUCUUACGUUGUACCAUAUGAACUACCAAUUAAACCCUAGUUUAAAGCAAAACCAGCGUUGAGACAAGGCCAACAUUCAAUUCAGAUUGAAGCGCGGCAAACUUGAGCAAAAAUUAUGAUGCAACAUUUAGCAAGAUGUAUCGAGGGUCAAGCGAAAAUUUAUAGAGAGCAUAGGCAAAACUAACGCAGAUAAAAAACAAUUGAAAUUUCGCAAAUUCAGAUAUGUUUCCUUUUUUAAACCACUUGGCAGCGGAACGUGCAAACUCUUGUCUGUAAAUUUUAAUAAAAUGCGUUUGCCCGCCACAGGGCAUUCAGUUUUCAUGAAUAUUUACAACAAACUCGCCUGUUUUAUUUGAUUUUGAUACAGUGCAGCGGCGACUCCGGCGAAAUGUGAGUACACCAUCACCAUUUCAUUAUUCCCAGAAUCCCCAGCACACGGCAAUUGUAAAUAAUCUUGGCCGACUUUGCUGUAAAUAUUCAAGGACUCUCGAUCUUUAACAAUUGUGCAAUAGAUUUUGUAAUUUAGUAACCUACCUUCCGACAGCCAAAAGAUCAAUUCUGUAAUAAACCGAAAAUAUUGUUAACACAGUCUAACCCUGAAGAGAAAUGCGAAACAAUUAACUAUAUUUAAGGGACAGCAGAUCAUGUGUUCAGUGGCGAAAAAACAAGUUUUUACCUUUUUUCAACUUUAAAUAAGAGCCAAUUGACAAAAAAGCGAUUAAGAGAAAGGUGAAAGCAGUUAAAAGAACUCUAGAACUAAGUUUUUCUACCAUCGACUGCCACAGGCUGAGAUUUCAUAGUUUUAACAACUAGAAAAUUUUACAUUGUAUUUAGCGCGGAGUUAGUAAAAUAUUUGCAAGGAUCAACAUCAAAAAUCAACAAGGAAAAUCUCAAUUAUUGUAAAGUAUAUUUAAUUUAGUUUUUAUUUGAUGACUCAUUUCCCAUUGUGAAGUUUGAGCUUAUAUUCGGUUGAGGAUUAAUUUCUUAGGAAUAGUUACGACACAAAAUGAAUUCAUUAUGUACAUUACGAACCGCUCAUUUUAAUUUAUUAGCAAUUACAACUUGUAAUUAAAAAUUAGAUUUUACUUUAGGUCUCUACCAGAAUCAUUCUUAAGCAAAUGGAUCAUUGUGUAAAGAAGAAAGGAAACAAGUUGUUUGAAAACAGCUGAAGCUCGUGAUUUAAAUCAUUGUACACACAUUACAACAAAUAAAUUGAAAAAAGUAUUAUUAAAUGGUAAAUGGAAAAA